GCGCACGCUCCGCUACGGCCCCUCCCCUGCUCGGUCUUUCGGGCUUCGCGGUGGCUGCAAAGCUUCGCUACUUCCGCGGCACGCCGGGACUACGCUGCGGAGUUCGCCGGGCCGGCAGGCCAGCCUCCGCCCUUUUCGGUCGGCCCUCGCUCCGCGGCAGGGGUGUGGCUUCCUGGCCACUCCCCCCGUGGCUCCACCUCUGUGCCCCUGAUUUUCUCCAGCUGUCCCAGCCAGUCGUGGGCUAUCUGGCAGAGCAUCUCCUGAGAUGGUGUGGUGGCUCGAUUCUCCCAGUGCCUGGCUGAGUUUCGGACGUGGUUAAGAACCAACUGGUUGAGGUUCAAUGCAGACAAGACGGAUGUGAUGCUGUAGAAAAUGUGCAUCAGAUGUUUAUGUUUAAUUGGUUUACAGACUGUCUCUGGAUUCUUUUCCUGUCAAAUUACAAGCCAUCUGUUGAGUCUUCAAGUCCAGAAAUGGAUGCAAUGUUUGACUGCCCCUGAAAGUACAGGAGGCUCAGCAACAUCAGAGGACCAUGAAUUUGAUCCAUCAGCUGACAUGCUGGUUCAUGAUUUUGAUGAUGAGCGAACAUUAGAAGAAGAAGAAAUGAUGGAAGGAGAGACAAACUUCAGUUCUGAAAUAGAGGAUCUUGCAAGGGAAGGCGACAUGCCAAUCCACGAGCUUCUCAGCCUCUAUGGUUAUGACAGCACUGUUCGGUUACCUGAAGAAGAUGAGGAGGAAGAGGAAGAGGAGGAGGAAGGUGAAGAUGAUGAAGAUGCUGAUAAUGAUGACAACAGUGGCUGUAGUGGGGAAAAUAAAGAAGAGACUAUAAAGGAUUCAUCGGGCCAGGAGGAUGAAACUCAGUCUUCCAAUGAUGAUCCCUCACAAUCUGCUACUUCCCAAGAUGCUCAGGAAAUAAUCCGCCCACGUCGUUGUAAAUAUUUUGAUACAAAUAGUGAAAUAGAAGAAGAAUCUGAAGAAGAUGAAGAUUAUAUUCCAUCAGAAGACUGGAAAAAGGAAAUCAUGGUGGGCUCCAUGUUUCAAGCUGAGAUUCCAGUUGGUGUUUGUAGAUACAAAGAAAAUGAAAAAGUAUAUGAAAAUGAUGAUCAGCUUCUGUGGGACCCAGAGUAUUUACCAGAAGAUAAAGUGAUUGUAUUUCUUAAGGAUGCAUCCAGAAGAACAGGUGAUGAAAAAGGUGUAGAAGCAAUUCCUGAAGGAUCUCACAUUAAAGACAAUGAACAGGCUUUGUAUGAACUGGUUAAAUGCAGUUUUGAUACAGAAGAAGCCUUGAGAAGAUUGAGAUUUAAUGUCAAAGCAGCUCGAGAGGAAUUAUCUGUGUGGACAGAGGAAGAGUGUAGGAAUUUUGAACAAGGGCUAAAGGCCUAUGGAAAAGAUUUUCAUCUGAUCCAGGCUAAUAAAGUCCGAACAAGAUCAGUUGGUGAAUGUGUAGCAUUCUAUUACAUGUGGAAAAAGUCUGAGCGUUAUGAUUUCUUUGCUCAGCAAACAAGGUUUGGAAAAAAGAAAUAUAAUCUUCAUCCUGGUGUAACGGAUUACAUGGAUCGUCUUUUGGAUGAGAGUGAAAGUGCUGCUUCUAGCCGAGCACCAUCCCCUCCCCCUACUGCCUCAAAUAGUAGUAACAGCCAGUCCGAGAAAGAAGAUGGCACUGUCAGCAAUAGUAAUCAAAAUGGUGUGUCAUCUAAUGGACCAGGUGAAAUACUAAACAAAGAAGAAGUAAAAGUGGAAGGCUUACAUGUUAAUGGACCAACAGGCGGAAAUAAGAAGCCACUUCAUACAGAUAUGGAUACUAAUGGUUAUGAAGCAGAUAACCUGACCACCGACCCAAAACUUGCCCAUAUGACUGCAAGAAAUGAAAAUGAUUUUGAUGAAAAAAAUGAGAGACCUGCCAAAAGGCGACGGAUAAACAGCAAUGGGAAAGAAAGUCCGGGUUCGUCUGAAUUUUUCCAGGAAGCAGUCUCGCAUGGGAAAUUUGAGGAACACGAAAACACAAACGACUAAGUCCUAGGCCUAUGUUACUUUCUUUGCAGUAAAUUCUGGUGUGACUACAAUUUUCAGGGUUGGUGGGUGACCUUUAGAAAGCUGAUUUCUUUGAAGCAGUUGGUUAAAUCUCAACAUUUAAAUUGAGUCCUAACUUUAAGAAAUGGGAUUCAUAAUUCCACCUUUUGCAAGUUCUUUUACUUCAAAUCGUUGAAGACUCUUGUAGGAUAAAAACAUUGGUAAAUUUGAAUGACCCAAAGACUUAUCUGUACCUUCUCAUUUGAGAUACUAAUCGUAAAUUUUACUAAAAGUUAAUUUUUCCUUAUUUUUAUGAGGAAGAAUAGCAAGGGGGAAAAUAAGCUUGUGUUUAUGCUCAACACCAAUUUUUGAAUUAUCUAGAAAUGUUUUUACACCAGACAUUUUUCUCUCCAUACAAAUUGAACAUUGUCACUAAGGAAACCCUCAUGAAUCCUGAAGGUUAUGCUAGCAUGAUUUUUAUAUGUAGAAGUUUAAAAAUAAACCAAGUCAGGUUUGUAUUUGUAAAAUUGUUGACAUCAAUGAUGUCUUUCCAUAUUCUUAUCUGGGCAUAAGAAAUACAUUCUGUAUUUUUCCAGAUUCUUUGUAGCCUUUGAAAGAUUUUUACAGUACAUAUGUCUUGACUGAGCUGUCCUUUCUUAAUACAAAAAGCUUGUAUAAUUUUCUUAACUUGUACAGUUGGUAAACUUUUAUGAGAGGAACUGAUAUUGAGUCUGUCAGCUUUCAUUUUAUUUUGCUAAAAUUUUUCUAAUGAAUUUUUAAGUGUGUGUAGUUAACCAAGUCAUGUUUCUUAUCCAGGUGGUAAAAGCAUUCAUAAAGAAUUAUGAACAUAUGUUUUUAUUUCAAGCUUCUACUUAUGGACAAAUAAUUUGGGACUUCUGGAGUUCAGCAUGAUACUCAGAUUUGCAAGCUUGUUUGCAUUUGCUAUAAUAUUCAAAAUUAUUUUUGAAGCAAAACAAAGACAUACUGUCAGCUUCAGUUCGUAAAUGUAUCGUGCUGAAUAGAAUCCUGUUCAGUUACUCUUGUAUGCACUAUAAGAUUUCCCAUUGUUUUCAUUAUGUCAACAGGAAGAAAAGGCCAGGUGAUGUUAAUAUUGUCACAUUGAAGAAUAACUGUUGACAGGUAGCAAUAUUGAUUUUUUUAUGAGAAAAUAAUGGUUUUAAGAAUUUUCAGACCUUUCCAGUUACAAUCCAGUUUGACAGAUUUAAUACUGUUUUUCCAAAAUGAAACAGAUACAAAAUAAUCAUUGUUCUGUGUGAUUUUUAAAAAAGGAUUAUCUGUAUGCACUAGCCUUGUAAGGAUUUUAUUUUUAGUGUAAAAUUCUUCUUAUAAAGUGUAGUUUUAUACAGCUGAUAGGCCAAUCCUAUCUCCAAACUUUUUUUUAGUAAAGGAUUACUAGCUAUCUUUUCUCACACAGACACAUCCCCAAAUGCUGCUUUCAAUUCGUUCUCAGCCAUCAGUUCAAGCAAGAGCCAAAUCUUUUAGAGGCAGAUCUGUGGUCCUUUUACUGGCUCAGUUGUCUGAUGCAGCAUGGGUAAAGGUUUGCACUGAGAAUGACCGUCUAGGCCUCAUCCCUCUAGUGUUCUUACAUUUGUCCAGACUGCUUCUCAUGACCAAUGGGAACAACUUUUUCUCCGCCCCCAAUCAGUAUUGGACUUUGACAACAUCCGUCCGUAUAAUAUGCAUUUACUGUUUUUGCAUAAAUAUCCCAAUAAAUCAGUUUCAGAUGGAAGUGCUGAGAAGCAUGAUGGGGCUUUUUGUUUGUUUUACUGAAAAGAUAAUUUAUCCAGAAUGGCAGUAAGUCAAGUAGCUUUAGCAGAUGGCCAUGGCCCCUGUCUCCCUGCUCACUCCCCCAUCCUCCUUGUGUGUGUGUUUGUCUCUGUCUUUUUUUUUUUUUUUAAGACAGAGUCUCACUGUGUAACCCAGGCUGGCCUGGAACUUGCAAUCCUCCUACCUCGGCCCCCUGAUACUGAGAUUGGAGGUGUUGCCCACCACACCCAGCUGUAAUCUAUUUUCUGAAGCAUAUUUUAUUAAGUGAGUACAGGUCAUCCUAGCUCUCUGUCACAGGUGGUCUCUAGGAAUGUAUUAAAGAACAGUGAUGUGUUUCUCAGUCAUUGCAGUAUUCUCAGUAUCAUGUCCGCCUUUUUAAAGAUCCAUCUGGUGGCAAGUUUGUGGAGUUCUUGAGACCCAUAACAGCAACAUUUUAAGAAAAUUCUCAGGCAUGAUGGCAAAUGUGCCAGAUGUAUAAAUGUUAAUAAAUCUUAUUUUUCUUUUUAAAGUAUGCAUAAAGAAAGACAUUCCACUAAUAAGUGAUGCUCAGCUUUUCCCAAAAUCUUAAUUGUGUUCUGUAUUUCUACAGGGAUUUCACCCUUUGUUCUUCAAUGUAACCACUGUCACUUGAGAAGUCAUUGCACUAUUUAAACAUCUUGACAAUAUCAUGAAUCUAAUUUGCUUAAGAUUUAGUACAUUUUAUAAUUUGAGCUCUUAAUAAGUUGAGAUGAGAAAAGAAGCCUUCAUGAUGGGCAGGGGGGUAUAGCUCCUUUGGUUGAAUGCUUGCACCAGCAUGCAUGAAGCUCUGGGUUCCAUCCCCAGUACCGCAUAAACUGGGUGUGGUGGUGUGCACUUGCAAUCCCAGCACUUGGGAGCUGGAGGCAGGAGAAUCAGAAGUUCAAGGCCAUCCUCAACUACGUAGUGAGGUUGAGGCCAGCCUGAGAUACUUGAGACACUGUCUCAAAAAGAAAAGUUUCUGUUGGUAGUUAUUUAGAUCCUAGCAAAGCACUGUUGUUUUCAUUUGGAAUAUAUAAUGUUUUAUGAUGUAUUCUCAAUAAGGUUCAGAAGCUGUAACUCAGUUCAACAAAAUCUGUUGAGCUUUAAAAUGUAUUUGAAGUAAUAUUUAAGUAGGCAUUCAAAUUAUGAAUUAGAUGUUUUUAAAUUCCUGCAUAAUAAUUUUGCACUGUAAAAUGUCAUUUUUCCCAUUUCCUUCUGCCAUUCUGAUAUGCUCAUUAAAAUAUUUUUGUAAGCACA